AUGGAAGCUAGGCCGGUUAUGACUAUGGAGGAGCAAAAGAUGUUGGUCAGGUUUAUCAGAUUUGGCCUUCCUAGGUUCUCGGGUGUCGCAAGCGAGGAUGCCCAUGUAUUUUUGAUUAGUUGCCAAAAGAGGUUGCAUAACCUCGGGUUGGUAGAGUCUCACGGGAUUGAUUACACUACUUUUCAGCUAGAUGGACCAGCAAAGCAAUGGUGGAGUUUGAGGGAGAGGUUGAGAGAUGAGUUCACAGUGUUGGUACAGGGAUCUAUAAUAAUCACAAAGUAUAAGUCUAGGUUCCAUGAGCUCUUCAUGCAUGAUACCAAGAUUAUGCCGAUAGUGGAGGAGCAGAUACGCUGGUUUGUCACAGGGUUAUCAGUUUCUUUAAGGUUAGCUACAGAGAAAAUGGUUGCAUCAGAUUGUUCGUUCUUGCAGUUAGUAGAACAUACCCAUACUAUUGAGGUUGUACGUCAUGAGACCUACGGAGGUAGUGACAAGAGGCCUUGCCAUAAGGGCAGUUUUAGUGGGCACCAGUCACAUGAGUUCCCUGAUGUAUUUCCAAUCGAUUUACCUAGUCUUUUUCCUGAGCAUAAGAUUAAUUUCGACAUUGAUAUUAAGCAUGGUACACAACUAGUCUCUAUUCCACCGUAUCGUAUGGAUCUAGUUGAUUUGAGGGAGAUUAAGGUGCAUCUCCAGUACAUCUUGAGUAAGGGGUUUAUCAGGCCUAGUGUGUAUUCCUGGGGUACUCUUGUUUUGUUCGUGAAAAAGAAGGCUGGUACCUUGCGCAUGUGCAUUGAUUAUAAGCAGCUGAAUAGGGUGACCAUGAAGAAUAGGUACCUAAUACCACCGAUUGAUGAAUUAUUUGACCUGCUCCAAGUAUUUAUGGAUUUGAUGAACCCUGUGUUCAGUCCCUACUUAGAUUCCUUUAUCAUUGUAUUCAUUGAUGACAUUCUAGUCUACUUCGGGAGUAGAGAGCAGCAUGAGAAGCACCUGAGGAUAGUACUUUAG